CAGUGUAUUUUUCUAGUUGCUUAUUAAGAGUGAACGCAUUUCUAAUAGAAACUGAUCGCCACUACUGACGAAGUGCAAAGUAGAAGUCAUUCGGGAAAAGUGAUUUGAUUGGAAAUAAAGCAAAAUGUUGCCUGUAUAUAUAACCAAAAUUUUGGAGAAAAUUGCCAAGAAUGAAGGAUUGUCUGAUUAUGCGAUUGAAUUGAAUCCCGGUUCAAAUCAUGGUGAUAAUUUUUUGGGUGAAUUGAUUGCAAUUUCACUUUCUGGAACUAAAUUUGAAAAUGGCUUGGCCCAGAAAUGUGAAAUGAAAUUACUUUGCAAACGGCCACCAACGAAUAAAACGCGCCUGGAACAUUUUAAAUCAAAUAUUGUGUUUGAUCGUGAAAUUUACAUAUAUUCAAAAUUGUUGCCGGCUUUCGUUCGAUUUCAGCAAGAGAAGGGACUGAGUGAGGAAGACUCAUUUUCAUCAUUUCCAAAAGUGUAUUCAUGUGAAGCUAAUCAAGAAGAUGGAACCUAUAUAUUGAUUAUGGAAGAUUUAAGACCGAAAAAAUUCACAAUGUUGCCAAAAAAUGAAGUUAUUCCGUUCGAUCAUUUGACAUAUGUUUUACGUAAUUUGGCGAAAUUCCAUGCUAUUUCAUUUGCAAUGAAGGAUCAAAGACCAAACGAAUUUAAAGAAUUUGAACAGUUGAAGGACACCUUCGGCGAAUUUUUAAUACACGGAAAAAUUAAACUAUUUUUGGAUGAAUCAUGUUCGAGAGCUGCUGAUGUACUAACGAAUCCAGAGCACAAAAAACUCAUGCAAAAUUUCUGUAAUACUUUUGUCGACGCGCAUGAUAAUUGUGUAUUUGACAAAGAAUUUGCUGUAAUAACACAUGGAGAUUUAUGGUGUAACAAUCUUCUCUUCCGAUACGAUGAUUUAAAUACAAAUAAAGUGACAUCGCUUCGUUUUAUUGACUGGCAAAAUUCUCGCUAUUGUCCACUGGCACUUGAUUUGCUGUACCUGAUUUUCAUUGCGACCGAUAAAGAAUAUCGAGAUCAACAUUAUGAAACACUCUUGAAAGUCUACUAUUCACAGUUGAGUGAAACAAUUCAAAAACUUGGUAGCGACCCGACAAAGUUAUAUACAUACGAAAAUCUCAAAAGUCAACUAUGUAAAUUUGGUGAAUUUGCAUUAUUAUUUGCCCCAGCGAUGACUUUAUUAAGCGUAGCUGGUUCCAAGGAUAUUAACAGUGUGGAUGAUUGGAGCGAAAAACUUGAUAAUGGUGAAAUAUCCAAUUCACUUUUAAAUGCAUUUGAUGAAAAAACGAACAUUAUAUACAGCGCAAGAAUGAAUGGUUUAGUUACUGAUCUUUUGAGCUACGGAUAUAUUGGAAAUAAAAAGAAAUGCAAAAAAACAACGAUGAGUUCCAAAAAGUUGCCAGAUUAUAUUCAAGUGUUAUUAGUUCGAAUUAUCGAAGGAAAUGGUAUUCGAAAUUAUUCAUUAAAAAUAAAACAAGGUUCAGAAGUUGGUGAUGGAUUUAUGAGUGAAUUAUCAUGUAUUAAAAUUAUAAACAAUGAUGAUAGUGAGAAAAACAUGGAAAUAGUAUGUAAAAUAGCGCCGAUAAAUCCAAAUCGUCGAAAAGAAUUUUUCUCAAAUAUUGUGUUCGAACGUGAAUCAUUUUUCUACAAUAAAUUGAUGCCAGCUUUUGUCAAAUUUCAAGCGGAAAAAAAUGUGCCAAUCAAUCAUCAAUUUCGUGCCGUACCAAAGUGUUAUGCAGCUAUUGCCGACGAUGAUAGUGAACAAUAUGUGAUUAUGAUGGAAGAUUUGCGACAAUUUGAUUUUAAAAUGUGGAAUAAAGCGAAAGCAGUACCAAUUGAAAAUAUGCGAUUGGUAAUGCGUGAACUUGGAAAAUUUCAUGGGCUAUCGUUUGCAAUGAAACAUCAAAAACCAAAUGAAUUUGCCGAAUUUCGAAAACUCACCGAUAUUUCGCACAUAUUUUUGCAAUCGGAAAAUAUGCAGGGAAUGUUUGAUAUGUCUUUUGAUCGUGCCAUUAAAGCGCUCAAGCGUGAAGACCAUAAAAACGUGAUGCGUGCAUUGAAGAAAAAUACUCUCGCACACUUUCAAUCUUGUCUCAACGACGAAGUAACAAACCGUUUUGGCGUUGUGUCGCAUGGUGAUUUUUGGAACAAUAAUAUUUUGUAUCAAUUCAAUGAAGAUGGUGUUGCCGAAGAUGUACGAUUUUUAGAUUGGCAAGUUAUCCGAUUUACAUCCCCGGCUAUUGAUUUACUUUACAACAUAUUCACAUCAACAUCAAAAGCACUGCGAGACAAGGAGUAUGAUAAUUUAUUGAAAAUCUAUCAUGAUUCAUUGUCAAACAUAGUUAAAUUGCACGGUAGCAAUCCAAAUGAAUUGUUCACAUUUGAUGAUUUAAAAAGUGAGUUGAAAAUAUGUGGUGUGUACGCAUUAUUAUUGACACCAAUGCUGCUAUCGGUGUCAUUGGCCGAUUCGAGUGAAAUAUCAAAUCUUGAUGAAAUGUGUGAUCAAAUUGCCGAAGGCGAAAGACAAAAGGAACUCAUCACCGGUUUAAGUGAUCAAGAGCAAAUUGAAUAUAACGAGAGAUUGAACGACGUUGUUGAAGAUCUUAUUAAUCUUGGCUAUUACAAUCCAAUGAAUUGAGACAUAUUUUUAUUUUCAUCCAA